AUGGAGAAUUCUGAAUCUGUUCAGCUAAGUGGAGAAAUUGUAACAGAUGGCGAUAGUGAAAUAGUUACUGAAAGUGCUGCAUUUGUGCGUGGAGAGGCUCCUCAAGAUGGAGACGGCCCUCCGAAAGUUGAUUCCGAGGUGGAAGUUCUUCAUGAGAAAGUCACCAAGCAGAUCAUCAAGGCAGGUCAUGGGGAGAAACCAUCCAAAUACUCCACAUGCUUCUUGCACUAUAAGGCAUGGACUGAAAGCACGCAACAUAAGUUUGAUGAUACGAGGCAGGAACAACGGCCACUUGAAAUGGUUCUGGGGAAAGAGAAGAAACAAAUGACUGGUCUUGCGAUUGGGGUUUCGAAUAUGAAGGCUGGUGAGCGUGCACUGCUUCACGUGGGCUGGGAAUUAGGUUAUGGAGAAGAAGGGAGCUUUUCAUUUCCAAACGUUCCUCCAAAGGCAGAUGUAGUCUAUGAAGUCGAGCUUAUAGGUUAUGAUGAAACCAAAGAAGGGAAAGCUCGUAGUGACAUGACAGUUGAAGAGAGAAUUGGAGCAGCAGACAGAAGAAAAAUGGAUGGAAAUAAUUUAUACAAGGAAGAAAAACUUGAGGAGGCCAUGCAACAAUAUGAAAUGGCCAUUGCAUAUUUAGGUGAUGACUUCAUGUUUCAACUGUUUGGCAAAUUCAGAGACAUGGCUUUGGCUGUUAAGAAUCCAUGUCACCUUAACACGGCAGCAUGUUUGAUAAAGCUAAUGCGCUAUGAUGAGGCUAUUGCACAAUGCAGUAUGGUGCUUGCUGAAGACGAAAACAACGUGAAAGCAUUGUACAGACGAGGCAAAGCCAAAGCUGAACUAGGGCAAACUGAUGCUGCCCGAGAAGAUUUUCAAAAGGCGCGUAAAUAUGCACCUGAAGACAAGGCUAUUGCGAAGGAGCUGCGGCAACUUGCUGAGCAAGAUAAAGCUUUGUAUAAGAAGCAAAAGGAGAUAUACAAAGGCAUUUUUGGACCACCACCAACUCCAAAGCCUAAGGAGCCUAGUAGUCUUCCCAUCCGGUUUUGGCAAUGGCUAAUCUUCAUAUGGCACUCAUUCAUGGCUCUGAUUCUCCAGCUAUUCAGGCGCGAAAGGCUGAAAACCAACUAG